AUGGCAAGCCAUGCCCUCAUCUUCAGCCUCUUUCUCUUUGCCCUCACCACAACUAGUCUUGCCCAUGAACUUCUUGACAUGGACGGCGAGCCUUUAAAUAACGGAGGGUUAUACUAUAUAUUGCCUGUUAUCAGAGGAAAAGGUGGCGGCCUUGAGCUUGCCAGAACCGGGAGCGAUCCUUGCCCUCGCACCGUCGUCCAAGCUCGGUCAGAGACCUCGAAAGGCUGGCCGGCACGAUUGGCGUCCCCGAUUCUAAUGCUUACCCUCAUGCCAGGAUUUCCCCUUACCAUUGAAUUUCACCGUCAAAAUCCACCAUCUUGCCACCGUCAGUCUAGGUUACAGUGGACGGUUGAGAGCGAAUCAAAACUUGUGAAGAUUGCAUCAAAAGAAGAAGAGCAGUUGUUUGGGCCAUUUCAAAUACAGCCAUAUGGAGAUGAUUACAAGCUUGUUUACUGUGAACGUCAAUCUCGAGAUAAUCGUGGGUGUAGAGAUCUUGGAAUCUCCCUUGAUGAGCAGAACAAUAGGCGCUUGGUUGUGAAAGAUGGUGAGCCACUUAGAGUUCAGUUCAUGAAGGCUGAUCGCAGUGGAAGUGAAUAUCUGGCCGAAUGA